GAAACUCUGAGUCACAUGAUCAACUACAAAGGUCAAGGUUACAAGCAGGUGCCCGAUUAUGCUAUCACGACGACAGUUGGUGAAGCUUUGGCCAAAAAAACUGGUUGGAUGUUUGCUGAUGCAGACGACUUUCAUUCACAAUCAAACAAGAACAAAAUGUCUCAAGGGCUGCCCUUGACUGAUGAGGACAGAAUGCCUUGGUUAAACGCCAUUUAUCAGCAUUUGAACAGUUUAAAACUCAGCAGCCAGUCAGGUAUUGUCACUUGCUCAGCAUUAAAGAAACAAUAUCGCAAUAUUCUUAGAAACGGAGCCACUUAUGACAGACCUAAGACAUCUGCCGAAAACUCUACAAGUGAAGUCCAGAAUGUUUGUGACCAUGUAGAAGAGGGUGGUCUUGAUUUAGUGUUUAUUCACCUAGCUGGUGAGGAAAGUGUGUUAAGGUCAAGGCUGGAAGGUCGUCAGGGUCACUUCAUGCCUCAAACUCUGUUGCGAUCCCAGCUUGAUACUUUAGAGCCUCUUGCUGAAGAUGAAAAUGGAAUAGUAUUGGAUAUUGACAGGCCAUGUGACGCUAUCGUAGAGGAGAUUGUGAAGAAAUUGGACUUGUAGUAAAAAUAGAAACUUCAAUGUUUUGUAAAAUGUGAAGAAAGAAAAUAUAGAAGAAAAGCCUGCUACAAAAUGCCCCCAAAAGUGCUGAUAUUGAAACUGAUAUGAUAGAUAUUAGUUUUGACCUUCUCAUGUGAGCUUUAUAGUUUUGAAAGACUUGGCCUUAUAGAGAGACUGUUGAGUCUGUUUCCUGGGAAUAACCACUACUUGGUGUCUUUGAAAAGAUCUAAAGAAUGCUCCAUCAAUGGGGAUCGAAUCUGAGACCUUUCGGCUGCAAGGCAUAGAAAAAACAUAUGAAAAUGCACAAAGGCCACAUUGCAAUAAUGAGCUAACAAAUGUACUUCUAAUUGUAAGUGUGAAGAAAGUCGGCUUUUAUAAUAAAGAAUUUAUGAUAUGACA